UAUCAAAUUAGCCUGGUUAGUUUGCUAGCGGCCGAAGCUGCGCUCUGUGCAAGCGGCUUACGGUUUAUUUCCCUAACGGUAUCAAGAAGACUUCACUGAGGGGAUUUAUUAACCGUUUAAUUCUCCUGCUUGAGAGGAAACUCGGUGGACCUUGGGUUUCACGAUACACAUUGUGACCAAGCUGUGUCAGUCUUGCUCACGAUUCCCCUCAUCUUCAGGUUCCCAAUGAUGAGUUAUGCUGAAAAGCCAGAUGACAUAACAAAAGAGGAGUGGAUGGACAAAUUAAACAAUGUUCACAUUCAGAGGGCGGACAUGAAUCGGCUCAUCAUGAAUUACCUGGUGACAGAGGGCUUCAAAGAGGCAGCGGAAAAGUUUCGGAUGGAGUCUGGAAUUGAGCCCAGUGUGGAUUUGGACUCUUUGGAUGAAAGAAUUAAGAUCAGAGAGAUGAUCCUGAAGGGACAGAUACAGGAAGCCAUUGCACUCAUUAACAGCUUACACCCAGAGUUACUGGACACCAACCGAUACUUGUAUUUCCAUUUGCAGCAGCAGCAUUUGAUUGAGUUAAUCAGGCUAAGAGAGACUGAGUCAGCCCUGGAGUUUGCUCAGACACAGCUUGCAGAACAAGGGGAGGAGAGCCGAGAGUGUCUGACAGAGAUGGAGCGAACGCUCGCCCUUUUGGCCUUCGACAACCCAGAGGAGUCACCCUUCGGAGACCUGCUCAACAUGAUGCAGCGGCAAAAGGUUUGGAGUGAGGUGAACCAAGCUGUGCUGGACUAUGAAAACAGGGAGUCGACACCUAAACUGGCUAAACUCCUGAAGUUACUACUGUGGGCUCAAAAUGAGUUGGACCAGAAGAAGGUGAAAUAUCCUAAAAUGACAGACCUCAGCACGGGCACCAUCGAGGACCCCAAGUGAACGUCAAAAAGAGAAAUCACCAACACAUCUACUUGAUUUAUAACCAUUCAGUGACUGCCAGGUUUCAUAUGCGCGUAAACAUAUGUACAGUUUUAAUCUUUUCACGUCAUGUACAAGAGUCGGUUCACCGUGCAAACAAACGUUUCCGUUUAGAUACAGAUUCUGGGUUUUACAAAAAUGAAAUUGCUGAUAUAUAUUUUGAAUAUUCAAGCCUUUGCUGUUGUGUUGCAGUGACCACUUUCUGAAAAACCGUUUAUUUUGCAGUGAAAGAGGAUUGGAUGUAUGAAUGAAUAAUGCUGACACCGUGUCUGUUGGGGGUUUCUUUCUUAUUAAGAAGACGAGUCAGAAUGAGCUGGUUGGUGGUUCCAAAAAUUAACAAAAUGUGAAUAUUUUUUCCAAAUAAACAGAUAGAAAAACUUUAUUAUUGUAAUAUAGUUUUAAUUAAUGCAGUAUUUUAAGGUUUUAUUUAUCUUAAUCUGUGGAAGUUUCUUAUAAAUCGGCCACACACUUUUGAAAUGUCGAAGUUUAAUGCAUAUUAUUAAUAAAUAUAUGGGAGGAAUUGUCCUUUAAAUUCUUUUUAUUUUAAUUUUUUUAUGUCCAUUGACUGUUGAAACCAGAGAGGGUUUUUCUUUCAGAGCUGAGCCCCAUUGGCCUUUUUUUGAGUGAGGGCAAAACUCCCAACAUUCUCCAUGUGAUUACAUCUGGUUUUAUGUUUCGGGGGUUUGAAGUUACAGUAAAGUUUUGGAAAUUCCCGUGACAGAUGUAGAAUUUAUACGCUGCAGCAGACAAAGAGACGCUUUGAUAAAUGUAGGUCAUUCAAAUCCAUAUGAUCUUCAGGCUAAAGCUAUAUUUAUUGUCACAGCCUUUUAUUUUAUUAUUUAUUCUGACAACUCCUAACAUGUAAUUUUUUGGUGCAUCUUUUUGUUUUUGUUAGGAUUUUUCACUUUUUCUGCAUGUCUGUAUUUACCUUUUCCAAGAGGAAGGUGCUUGUGCUUGUUUAUUUUAUUAGAUUUUGUAUUAAAGAAAAAACUUGUGACUC